AUGUCUUCAAUAUCGGAUAUUAACGACUGGUGCAAGAUUUGCAAUACAAAAGACUUGGUUGAUCACUUCUCUGACUGGUCAAGUGGGGAUCACGAGGUUGAUGAAUUUAUUAGAAGCACUCAGCGUAAAGCAACAAGUAAAUUUAAUUUUUUAGAGUGGAUACCCAACGAAUGUCUUAAGGACGUUAAAGAAAUAGGAAGGGGCGGAUUUGGAAAAUUUUAUUCGGCAAUAUGGAUUGAUGGACCACGAUCGAGGUGGGUGAGCGAAAAAAAAGAAUGGGAAAGGUAUGGUGGAGUAAAGGUGGCUUUAAAGUGCCUUCUUGGGGAUAAGCCUAAUAAAGAGCUCUUUGACGAGAUAAUACCUCACCUCGAAAUUGGCAAGAAUAUUCUUGGGCGCAAUAAUAUUCUUCAAAUCUUCGGAAUAACUGAAAACCUCUCUACUCCCGGACAGUACAUGAUCGUGAUGGCACUUGGCGAUAAUGGAGACUUAUAUUCCUACAUCAAAAUUCACUUUGCCAGUUUAGAUUAUCAGAAAAAGAUCGAAAUUCUUUUUGAUAUUAUCACUGGAAUCCUUCAAAUUCACAAAGCUAAAUUCGUUCAUCGGGACUUACAUUCAAGAAACAUUUUAUGUCAACAAUUUAUAAAACUAUCCGAGGGACGAAAUGACAGUAGAUUUGUUGUAGGUGAUUUAGGCUUAGCUCAGAGGAUAAUUGAUACAUCUGAUUACCUUUUUGAGAUGGCAGAAUAUUGCGCGCCAGAAGUACUUGCGAAAAGAAAAUUUAGUGAGGCUUCAGACAUUUAUAGUUUUGGAAUAAUUAUGUGGGAGUUGGUAGUCGGUAUAAGACCAUUCUCAUAUCUCUCAAACAGAUACAUGUUAGUAGCAGCUAUUAUUCAGGGCCUCACACCGCCUAUUGACGAAUUGAAAACGAAAGUGCAUUUCCCACCAGCCUAUAAAAUGUUGAUGGAACAAUGUUGGAAUAGAGACCCAGAAAAAAGACCAACUGCGCAAGUAAUUUACGAAACUAUAGGUGUUUGGUUACAAAAUUUAAUGUUUACGCGGGAAAAAAGUAUAGCUCAAGAGUUCGUAGAAGCUGAUGAGAAAAGGUUAUUAAAAAUACCGGAAAAUAUUGUUAUUACAGAAAAAAUAUCAGCGAAAAAACAAUUGGGAGAUAUCGAUGAAGGAGAUGAUUCUAGUAAAUUAGAUUUUUCAUCAUCAAUUGAUUACUACACUAGUAGGGGAAUAUCUGUUAUUCUGGAACAAAUGAAAUGA